AUGUCUGGACACCAUCAUCAGCCAUCUUCAUCCAAUGAGAGCGAAGAGUACGCCUACACUCAGACCUAUGCUCCACAGGACAUGCACCCCCAGACAACAUUUCCAGGCUAUCAGACGCAAUAUGCGACGUCGUAUCUUCCACCUCAGGACUUGUUUGGUCAGCUUCAACAAUACCAAUCGCCGCCCCAGUAUCGGCCUUUUCAAGGUCAAAGUCUUCCGUCCGUACUUGGCCAGCCGUGGACGCAACCAGCUGUCCCCGCAACGUACGGGUUUUUCGAUCAACCAAAUCAAUCUUUCCCACAGUAUCUAGAUGCAUUCCAAGUGCUCGAGGAGCCUGUGAUUGCUGGUCCGUCGCCCUUUUCAACCAGCUAUCUGUCCCCAGGACAAGCGAACAGACCUCGAACCUCGCGAGCAACCUCAUGGGCAUCCAACGCAAGCUCCAUCUCGGAAAUCUCACGAAGUGUGUCGCCCAAUGCGAGCGAGAUGCUCAAAUGGGGGUGCCAAAACGAGAAUGGAAGUUGGUCCUGCGCAUACCCUGGCUGCUCCUCGAAAUCCACCUUCAAUCGAGGCUGUGAUCUCAGGAAACACUACAAGCGACAUACUAAGUCCCUGUUCUGCCGUCACGAUGGCUGUCCUCAAUCGAAAGAAGGCGGCUUCUCCAGCAAGAAGGAUCGCGCACGCCAUGAAGCCAAGCAUAAUCCCAACGUUGUAUGCGAAUGGAAGGGCUGUGAACGGCUUUUCAGCCGUCAGGAUAACAUGGUGAGUCGCUCCGCUACCGCAUGAAACGACGCGCGGCUGGGCCUGACCGAUACUCUCAGAAGGACCACGUUAGAAGAGUGCACAAACGACAAACUGCAUGA